AUGAAGAAGGACAGGCAUUUGGAAAAGAAUAGGAGUCAGGAAAAUUCGGUCGCCCAUGGCAACGACGGAUCGAAGCUCAAACAGCAGCUGACCGGCGCGUUCAAAAUGCGUUCCACUAUAUUCAAUUUCUCGGGUUCGGCUCAGUUUUUGACCGUGAGGUGGGUGAAGGAUGAAAAAUUGAUUUAAAAAAAUAAAAUUUUGGUCUGAACGACUUCUAACCUUGAAAAGUAGUGAGAAAAAUCCCCUUUCAUAAGAUUCUCAUCGAAAAAUGCCUUCUUCAGAUGCCGACUAGUCCGGAAAGGAAUUCUGGCAGAAGACGUGCCGGGAAGACGCGGAGACGUCGAUCCGACGGCCUUCGAUGUCAUUGCGGACGAGAUGCGGGUCAGCUGGUCUGCCAGCAGUGGAAAUUCCCCGUUUGUUCAGAGGUUUUUCCACGGAAAAGUCAAAAAUUAGCUAUAGUCGAUUCACGGUUAGCUUGGGACGCUAGGGGCGGGGCCUGUCUGCGCUCUCCACUAACCAAGCACUGUCUUUUUUUUUUCGUCUCAGAACCCUUUUUUCGGUGACUCAAACCAGCCGAGAAUCAGCUAUAAAACGAGAGAGCAGCUGGAUCUUGAAGAGACGCCAGAGAAAGAGAGACCGUCUUCUUCUCUGGCGUCUCUUCUGAUUGCCUUCUCUCGCACUGUUUGUUGAGUCCCAUUUCAUCCGCUUCUGACGGAAAUGAAAAAAGUCAGAAGACUUCCGAAAUGCACUAUCCUGGGGGAAUUUUGAUACAAAAUUUGCAGCCUUAAAUCUUAUCAUUCUCAUGAUUUGACUUGCAAUUUCCAGAGAAGUUUCACGAGAAAACCGUCUCUCAGUUGUGACAGACCAGGACCAAUUACCAGACCAUUUGAAGAAGUUCGGAAAGGAUUCGUCCGAAGAUGAAGUCGCCAGGAAUCUCGACCCCAAGUAGUGAAUUCAAUGAGCCUUAAGUCCUUCUAAAAGAACUUCAAAAUUUUCCAGCAACUGGAAGGCAAGCACCUCGACCAGCACUGUGGUCUACAAGAAAGAGUUCAAAGCGCCCAGAAAUCCGUCCUCACGACGGAUUGUCUAUCUUCUGGCUUUCCUUGGCCAACAAGCUUCGUAGGUUCCCAUUUUUCUUGCUUCUAUAGUCAUUGCCUGGUUGACAGAGAGCGCAGACAGGCCACUCCUUUCUGCGUCCCAAGCUAGCCGUGAAUCAUCUCUUUUCUUAUCGUGUCAGGACCCUUUUUUGAUGGCUCAAGCCAGCCGUGGAUCAACUAUAACUAGAAAACUUUCUCGACUCUCACAUGGGAGGUCAUUUUAGCGUAGGGUUCAGAAUUUUUUAUAAAUUUGCUCAAACAAUCUUUGAUGGACUGGGAGUCGAUCCCCCAUAGUCGCUACCUGCACAAACUUUUUGUUUUGGAGAUAUGAUUUUUCAAAGUUUUUAUCCUUAACCAUGUGACGCCGUUUGGAAGGAAUGUGGCCGCGCCACCAACCACUGCAUGGCAGCUAGGAGCGUGGUGCAGUGGCUAGCGUGUUAGCCUGCGGAGCCUAUUAUGAAGGUUCGAAUCCUUUUGCCGCUAACUUUUUUUGCCAUUAUUUUUUUAAAGAAUUCUGAUGAGAAUAUUAAAAUUUCAUGAGUAAAACCUUUCCAAAUAAGUUCGAUAGCUAUUUUCUUUCUAAAAUCGCUUUUUUUAUGGACAAUAGUUAUGGAAACUUUCUUAAGUUGUGGCGGACUUCACAUCAUCAGAGAAUUUUCCCAAAAACAUUUUGCUCAAAAGAUUUUUAGAUUCCUGAAAAUUUGAAAAAAAAAAUCUGGAUUAGGAUGGAAAUGGGGUUUGGAAAUUUUUUUUUCAAUAAAACUCGGAUGACAGGUAAGUUUUCAUAUUCUGUAAAGAUGUUUCUCCAGAAGUAAGGCAGAAAUUGGCUAUUGAAAUAUUGAAAAGCCACUGUUAUUUAUCACAACCAAGACAUGCGAAGAUCUUCGAUGAAGGUUCAGCGCUUUUUUGAAACAUUUUUCGCUGAUUUUCAAAAAAAUAGUCUCUGAUGAUGUGGAGUCUGCCACAACUUUAGAAAUUUUUCAUGAUUUUUUCCCAUCAACAAAAGCGAUUUCAGAAAGAAAAUAGCUAUCGAACUUAUUUGGAAAGGUUUUACUCAUGAAGUUUUGAUAUUCUCAUCAGAAUUCUUCUAAAAAAUGAUGGCAAAAAAAGUUAGCGGCAAAAGGAUUCGAACCUUCAUAAUAGGCUCCGCAGGCUAACACGCUAGCCACUGCACCACGCUCCUAGCUGCCAUGCAGUGGUUGGUGGCGCGGCCACACUCCCAGGAAACGGUGCGGAGCGCGAGCGAAAAAGUGGGCGUGGCUGAGGUAUCAAGCGCAAUUUUGCCCUUGCGGAAAGCGAGCAAGAGGCUUGCGUUGCGCAAAAAAGGGGAAACAUUUGAGGGCAAGGUUACGGUGCGUUCUACGUACGUGACCACGCAAAAGUAAUACGGCCAAGCGUUUUAUUUGACGUCUGUUCUCAUUUCACUUUUUUCAAUUCAAUUUUUCUUUUGUUUUUUAUUACGGUUCAAAGUACGUUAAACGUUGUUUCCUUGUUUGCGGGUUGUGAGAAAGUUGGAGAAGAUGAUUCUCACACUUCGUUUAUGAGCAAAUAUCUUUAAUAUGGAAUUGAAGUUUCGUUCAAACUUUUUGUUUUUUGGGAUUUUUUUUCUCGAAAAGAAGUAGGCAUGCUGGAAAAGUCGGUCUCUUUUUCAUUGAGAUGUCAACGGUUUUAAAGUACUUAUUUCUUCAUUAUGUGGCGAGUUUGGAACUCAGUUUUUCGGAAAUUCUGGCCUUUAUUCUUACAAAGUUUCCCUCUUUGUCAGAAUUUUUUUUCUAUUUUCGCGAAAAGAAAGUACUCUCAAAUCUCAAUAAACACUAUUUCGCACCUAACAUAUUUUUGUUUUUCAGGGCAAGUCAAUCAGGUUGAUAGGAAAAAUUAAUUGAAAAAAACACAAAUAAUUUCCUAUAUUAAAGGACCUUCUCGAUCGACCCCUAACGUUAUAACUUUUUAUGGGCUCUCUGUUCAGACUGACAAAAAAAUGUUUACACGACGAGAACCGACGCAAAAUCGCAUCUUUUUUUCACAAUAUCCACACUGCUGACGUUAUUCAGUUCUUUGAACUUUUUUUGAUUAUGGGUUCCCAAUUGGGCAGCCAGUAUUUGGUUUUUUUCGGCACUCAAAGCCUUACCCCAAUCGAGAAUUUUACACAUUUUGGACACUCAAAAAGCUAAAAAUAACUUCAACAUUUUCAAAAAUGCCCACUAUAAAAAAGCGGCCGACUGUUCCGGCACAUCCACAAGGUUUCUCAAACGUGUUUCAUAUUGGCACCAUGGUAGACUUUCCUUAUUUUUUUGUGUCUAAUCUCAAAAAUAAGUGCCGCAAAUCUCAAUGAAGUUCCAUGAAGUAGCUGAAUGGGAAAGUUAGGCUUCACGACAAAAAUAAAAAAAGAAAUUUAAUUUUUUUCUUGCUGUAAAAAAAUUAAUUAAAAAAACUUGAUUUUGUUGGAGGCUUUUUGAUUGCUUGAAUCGAUUGCAUCAACUCAAAAAAAGUUUAAUGUUUUAUAAUUUAACGCAGGUUUUGAGCUUGGAUGGUUGGUGUUCAGCUAUUCUGUUUUACAGCUUUUUUUACAAGAGGAACCGUUUUUUUCUGAUUUUUUUGUUAUGGUCUCUGGGCUUCUAAAAAAAGUGCUCUGUGUUUACAGGUCGUCUUGGCUAGGCGGAGUUUUUUUCAAACAGUUAUCGGUGGGAUAUUAUAAGUUAUUUUUUUUCAAAAAAAGCUGAUUUGCAGUAUUGACGUACUGAGUUGAACUACUGCCGGAUAGAAUACGGACUGCGUCUGUGGAAAAUUCGACAAAACGGAAAACAUAUUUGUGGUAUAUCUUCCUGUUGUUUCAAUUUUUUUUUUGGUAAACUGCCGUAGAGGGAGAUAGGAAAUAAGGGUAAAUUUAAUUUUUUGGCAAAAACUAUCAAGAAAGUAUUUACGUUCAAAACUUUAUGCAAUGCGCGUCAUAGAAGACCCCCUCUGAAUUUACAGAUAUAUUGGUUGUUCUCAACUAGUUUUCCUGACUCAUAUGGAGCGAUAGCGAUAAGUAAAAUUGACCAUACCCUAAAUAAGGUCAAAGUUUUUGGUUUCCAAGCUUGCGAACGUUUUUCGUGCCAAAAAACUGCGAACUUAAAAAAACCCUUGUUCAGAAGCUCAAAAAAUUAUUUUCUCAAUAGUCAUCCAAACGGCAUAUUCAGAAAUUAUUUCUUCCUUAUUUUAAUCAAUAACACGUAUAUCAUAAAGUCUCACCUAUUCAAGUUUUCCGCAAUAUUUCAUUCAGUAAAUCUAUUUGCUAUCGGAUCUUUAUGUUUACCAUUACCAUAUGUUCAAAAGCAGACUCUUUCUGAUUUCUUUUCUGUGGUUAUUUUCAGGAGGUAUGAAAUAAAAGCCAGUGAAUUUUCGUACGACGACUUUUUCGAUUUUUAAUAUCGCUAGGGAACGUUCCGACCGAUUCUUUUUCCGACUUUUUUUUUUCUCGAUGAGAUAUUCGUUUUCAAUUCUCUUAUAUGAAUAAGAUUGUUGAUUCUUGCUUAAAGAACAAAAAAAGGAAAAACAAUGUUAAUAGAUUUAUUAUAAACCGCAAAAUAUAAGGGAAAAAGUCGGAAAGGAAUUAUUCGGAAACGUCCCCGUCGGAAAUUUCCCUAGCGAUAUGAAAAAAUCGGAAAAGUCGCCGUUCAAAAUUUCGCUGGCUUUUUUCCAUACCACCAUUUUUCAAGCAAUUUAUUUUUACUACUUUGUACUUUCUGUUACCCAGCUUUGUUUUUAAUGUUUUCUGUUCACUACUGUAUAUGGAAUACUUCGCGACUUGAAAGGCAAAACGAGUAGAUUGAAGCGUUGCAAGCGCGUUGCGGCUUUUUGGAGCUAAACCUGAGGUCCAAGGAGAGCCAUCCAUGUUUUUUUCUCAGACUAAAAAUUAUUUUUCGAUUUUUUUAUGGUUUUUUUAAUAAAUUUAGUUGAACGAAUGAAGGUAUAAAAAAAUUUUUUUAAAAAAACUUACUAGAAUAAGAAUUUUUUUCUACAUUCGUUCCAUAAACGCGUUUGACCUCGAAUUCUUGCGAAAAAAUGCGUCGCGUACGCAACGCUUCACCUUGCCAAUUAUCCAUCUUGCCUUUCAAGUUGAAUUGAAUAUAAUCUUAUUUUUUUUGUCUACCAGUGAAUGUAUCCUUUUUGUUGAUGAUUUUGUUAUUUAAUGUGGUCGUUAAAUGAUAUUCGAUAAAAUAGAUAUACUGGACGUUGUUCUUACAUGAGAAAUCGCAAUAAUAGAAGCCUCAGUGGUAUUCCUGUAUAGCGAAAAUUCCUGAACCCAAAGGGGCGGGACGAGCCAGGACGAAUUUAGAAGGUCUGCGCAACGCCAGCCACGUUUUUGCGCAACGCAACAACCUUUUUUUUAGGGCAAAUGCGUAGGCAAUGCUUUCCGCAGCUCACUUUGCGCGCGUUCCGCAGAAACCAGCACUGCGCUCCGCAUCGUUUCCUGGGAGCAUUCCUUCCAAACGGCGUCACAUGGUUAAGGAUAAAAACUUUGAAAAAUCAUGUCUCCAAAACAAAAAGUUUGUGCAGAUAGCGACUAUGGGGGAUCGAUUCCCAGUCCAUCAAAGAUUGUUUGAGCGAAUUUAGAAAAAAUUCUGAAGCCUACGCUAAAAUGACCUCCCAUGUCAGUGGAAAUUCUGAGUUCAUUUGGAGAAUGAUAGUCCUUUUCCCUGGUCACAAAAAACCAUUCACCUCUUUCAAAGAUUUCAAAGGCUAGAUAGGAUCUCUUUAACAUUCCUACCAACACAUACGAUAUGUGUUGGUAGGAAUGAUAUUCUAACAAUUUGGAAAAUCAAAAGCAUUAAAAACUCCGUAAAUAUUAAUUUUGCUUUUUUUUUUGCCGCUUUUUGCCGUUCAAAUUAUGCUUUUUCGAUGUUUAUUUUUACUGGUCCUCAUCUUUAGACCUCGUUCUAUCGUUUCCAAUAAUGAAAAACCAUCAUUACUGUGUUUUUAGUGCGAAAAAAAAUUAACAAGAAACUUUUUUUCUGUAAUUUUUUUACUGGCCUUUUGAGAGCGCGCCGCACCCUUGCAACGCCCACUUUUUUCGCGACCUCGACCAAAUUUUCUACAGAGAUCUGAAAUCGCGAAACGCGCGCUUUAAUGGCUGUAACUUCGUUCAGAGUCGAUUUUUUUCCAAGAUCCCUUUUUUUUAAGUUGUCAGGACUAUGGGCUACACGACCAUAUGAAAAUCAUUGAAAUCUAAAGUUUGAAAGUUUUAUUCAGUCUUCAGAGUAGGUUCUCUGCUGAAUCAUGGAAUAAUUGAAGAGUUGUUUGUCGGUUCGCGAUAAUGUCGUUGAUCAAGCGUAGACGGCGCGUAGAACAUCUCGCCUCUCUUGUGCUAGUAGUAGACGUUUUUCGAGCGUUUCCGACGAUCACUGCUUCUCCAUGUAGGAACAGUACGGCGCCCAGCUUGUCCAGGGCUGACGGGCGUCGGAUUAAAUCUCAGGCGAGAGCGGAAAUGAAGACCGACCACUCGGGUGGUAGAAAUGAGAUAAGAAAAAAAAUCUAAUGGUUUCUAGAAAACUGCCUGCGGUCCCUAUACAUAUCUCUAAAUGAGGCUAGGUGGACUCUCAGUCAUAACUGACCUGAUAUCAGGAGACCUCAAAGAACUCUCACCAGGGAAUGGUCUCCGGUAUCGAAGGUACCCCUGAAUGAGACCAACUAGAUGUAGUUUUUCAGGUUGAUCCCAAAUCUGGUCUCAAAAACCUCCUCGGCCAGAAUCAGCGUGAAAAACUACAUCUAGAAAACUUACUCAUUCAGGGGUCCCCCUGCGACCGGAGACCAUUAUCUGGUCAGACAAGUUCCAUCAAAAAAACUUUACCGAAAGACCUUGUGUUCGAGUAAGACUCCUUUCCCUUCCUACAGGUCGGAAACCGAACGAGACCUGAGCCUGGUCUGUCGAUUGACGAUAAUCGACGAUUCCAAGCUGAUCGUGGAGCCGGCGUUGAAUCCAGAAGGGUACCGGCUCGAGAGCAAGUUCGGCGACUAUGACGCUCAAGUCGAGAUCUGCGACACGGAGUUUGAAGAACCCAGCACCGCCUAUCGGUCUCCAAUUGUAAAAUGACCAAUUUUGAAUCAUUUUGAGUCAAUUUUUCAGACCAGCAUUGCGGAGAUGGAGACGUUCAUUCUGCCUAGAGAAAAUAUCACGAAAACGACCAUCUGCUUGACUAUAGGUUUGGAAAAAUUUGAUUCAUUGCGCCUUGAAGCGUCGAAAUCGCACGUGGAAUGGCUCGAAGCGGCGCGGUCGCGUCGCGGUUUGCUUCAAUGCUUCAUCCAAGCAAGGUCUCUCGGAUUCACAAUGAACCGUCGGUUCAAGAAUUUCAAGUUUUGUUUUGAAAACCGAUAUUACUGUAACAGUCACUUGACAUGACCCAAAAACGAAGAAAUCAACGAUGUUCUAGGAAAAUACUACUGAAAAAACUUUAAAAAACCGUUUUCUAUGUAUUAAAAAAAUUUGAAGUUGAUAUUUAUACUAGGAACAGAGUUAGAAUUUUUCACCAAAAUACCUACCGUAACCCAGUAAGAGGGUGGAGCCCCACAGUAACCAGCCUGAAAGCUUAAGUAACUGUGACAGUAAUUUCGAUUCUCAGAAGAAAACUUGAAGUUCUUGGACCAACUCUCUAAGAACCGGGUCAAGUCGGGAGAGCCAUUCCAAAUGCGACCAAGAAUUAUUCUCAAAAAUAAAUUGUUUUCAGUUGAAGCCGAAAAGUUUCCCUUCGAAGGUCUGAGCUUCGAAUAUGAGAUUGAGCUCCCCAAAACGGCCAAACUGCUUUCCGGGUCAACGAAAGGACAGACUCAUCGAUCUUUCAGAGAUCAGGUUGAACUGUCCCUUGAAAAUUUACCUGAGAAAGUUUAAGAAUGGUCUGCACCUGUUCUCGAGCAUCGUCGAGGUCGGGCUGGAGUGCGAGGACAGCGACGAGUGGCCGCUGAUCAUGUUCCGGGCCGAGUCCUACGACGGCUGGGGACGUCGCAUCACCGCCGGAUUCGGUAGCGCUCAUCUGCCGGUCACGCCUGGGAGGUACGCAUAAGUCGUGGUCGCAUUUGGAAUGGCUCGAAGCGUCGCGGUUGAAACAAUGUCUGCGUCUCUGUUCCCUCAUCGAUGUAGCUGAUUCACGGCCAGCUAAAAAGACGUGUUCUAUCUGCGCUCUCCACGAGUCAGACGCUGUCUCGUGCAUCAUCGUGCCAGGACCCUUUAUUCGAUGGCUCAAGCCAGCAGUGAAUGAAGAGGAGAGAGAAGAGGGCGCAGAGAAAGUAGACAAAAAAAUGCUCUCGAAAAUGAACAGCACAGAAGCUGUAGUCCUUCUCUGCGCCCUCCUUAUCUCUCGACGACCCUCUCAUGUUUAUGUGCUUUUUCCAUGUUUCUCUGACCUCGUCGGUGAGGGAAGAGAGACGCAGACACGCGAAAACUGUCGACAGUCGUUCCACGUGCGACCAAAACCUCUAAUGUUCAGCCACAAGUUGAAUCUGGAGAUGUGGCGACCUUUGGAAGCCAACGACAAGAGUUACUCCCUCAAGGAGCUUUUCAUCGGAAGUCACAGCAAUAUCGAUUACUUUGCCAUGAUGAAGGUACAGAUAUCUUUCAUCAAGGGUCAAACGACUUUUGCAGCAAGGCGGCGUCUCGCAGUUCCGACUAGAAACGACGUCUUCAGGACUCCUGCAUCUGGAGACCAACGUCGUCGUCCAGUCACGGCGUCUGAUGGCCCGUGAUCAGUUGUACCAGCUCAAGUACGGAGCCAAAAUGGCCAAUAUCGGGUUAAUUUCCCAUUUUUCUGUUGUGAAUCAAUUUUUCUUUUCCAGUCUCCGCUCAGAGUUCUACCAGAAGAUUGUCAGAAUUCUGUUCGAGUUCGAGGAAGCCAGAUCGAAGAUUCUUCUGGUUAGGGCUCUUCGCAACAAGAAUUCAAUAACGAAAAAUUCUUGA